UUAAAUCCCCGCUGGGCGCAGCGGAGCGGAGAUCACCAGACAGCAGAGGACGGCCAGCCUCAGCAGCAGCGAUGGACUGAUAGACCAAAGCUUUGGAAGCGAUGAUCAGACUGGGUUGCCAUGGAAACGGACAUGAUGCCAAAAUUCUCCUCGAAGGACGAGGAAAUUGAUUUCUGGAAGGCUCUUUCCCUCAAGUACAAGAGAGGCUACGAUGAGGCGCAGGAGGAGCUGCUGGAGUUCCAGGAGGGGAGCCGGGAGCUGGAGGCCGAGCUGGAGGCUCAGCUGGGUCAGGCCGAGCACCGCAUCAAAGACCUGCAGUCCGAGAACCAGAGACUGAAGAAUGAGGCGGAAACGCUGAAGGAGAGGUUAGAGCAUCAGUACUCUCAGAGCUUCAAGCAGAUCUCGGUGCUGGAGGACGACCUCGGCCAAACGCGCAGCAUCAAGGAGCAGCUCCACAAAUACGUCCGAGAGCUGGAGCAGUCCAAUGACGACCUGGAGAGAGCCAAAAGAGCCACCAUUGUUUCUCUGGAGAACUUCGAGCAGCGUCUGAACCAGGCCAUCGAGAGGAACGCCUUCCUGGAGAGCGAGCUGGAUGAGAAGGAGUCACUUCUGGUCUCGGUGCAAAGAUUGAAAGAUGAAGCUCGAGAUUUGCGGCAGGAGCUGGCCGUGCGAGAGAGGCAGGCAGAUGUGAGCCGGAUGUCCGCUCCGAGUUCUCCAACGCAGGACAACGUCAAGAUGGACUCUUCUGUGCAAGCGUCCCUCUCCCUGCCUGCUACGCCUCUGAGCAAGAGUCUGGACAACGCCUUUGCCAACCCACCAGUGCUGUCUAACGGCUACGGCAGCAACUCUCCGCUGACUCCCUCCGCCAGAAUAUCAGCGCUCAACAUCGUCAGUGAUUUACUCCGGAAGGUCGGGGCUCUGGAGUCCAAGCUCGCCGCCUGCAGGAACUUCGCCAAGGACCAGAAAGCCAGGAAGGCCUUCUCUCUGGACAACAGCAACGCGCUGAAUGCAAACACAACCAGCUACGCUCAAGCGCUCAGCACGUCGUAUUUUGACAAAGCGGGGAAAGUGAACAGACUUGAACCCGGGACCCUGACCGCCAUCACCUCGGCCCCCGCUGCUUCCUCGCCCGGCUUGCUGCGCCUGGCUGUGUGAGACCCUGUAAGCCGAACGCCGCCCCGCUGCAACACAGGAGCAAAGAUCGAACACUCGGUUGCACCUCUUUGUUGUAUAAUGCUGUCUGUUGUUCUGACUUGACUCUUGUGCUUCGUAACUGCUGUACUGAUGACUCCAUGUGUGAGUAUUGGGUGUUUGUAUAUCUAUCGGGCUCUGACUAAGACUGCAAGGGCCUUUGUACUUUCCUGACUUGGGUUUGUUGAGUGCAUCAUGUCAAAAAAAAAAGGGAAGUAUUAUGCAAAUGUUACAUGUUUGAUGACACAAUAAGGAAUGAUACUUUUCUCACUUGUAAGCAAAACUUACCCACAAUUUACCUUAGCAAUAAUACCAGUUAAACCUUCACACUUACACCGCUCGUAUCGAUGAAUUUAUGACGUUUAAACUGUCCAACAGGUGAGUUUUAUCAACAUUUAAAUCAUUUUCUCUGGUGGUGGAAACUGUUGAAGCUCACCUCGUUUCUUUACACAACUUGCAUCUAGUGAGUCUUUGUAGCGAGUCUCACAAUGUAACUUUAAACUGUGUGACAUGAAGUGUACAGUAUUGGUCAUAUUGAUCCACAUUAACAGUUAGGCACUGAAGGGGAGUCUUCAGACUUGUUAAAGGGAUAGUUCAGAUUUUCUCUUAGUGUUGUUGUGGGGAGAUUAUGGGCAGUCAAUAUCUUACCUACAGAAGCUUAAGUGAAGGUGGAGCCAAGACCAAAGGGGAUUUUCCACAAUCCUAGAGGUGCGUUCACACCGAACAUCAUUUCAGCGACAUUGUCGCCACUUUUGCGUGCUGUCGCUGAACAGUGGCCAACAAGCCAGAAAUACAGCAGUACAAUGGCGUUAUCUUGUGACGCUUUCACUUACCUCCCACUCCAGCAUCGCCACUCACUCUUCUCCAGGCUUGGUCCUUUCUGGACUUUUCUCAGUAGUAAUAAUUGGUUGAGUCAUACAACUCAGGCCGACCGCAGACCGCCACCAUCAGCUUGUCUUCCAUUUGAACGAAAACAGCUUCGUCUCUGCCGCAGUCCCUCACCUACAUCACAGCCACGUCCAGUUCUUGAUUGGUUGUCGCAACGCGACAGGACACAAGAGUUCAGAUUUUUCAACUUUAGCCAUUGUCGCUUCGCAUCCAUCGCAGGUUUCGUGUUGCUCUGGCUUUGCUUUAAUCGCCAAAGUUGCACCUUUUGCAUUGCUAGAACGCCGCUGUGGCCUUGCUUUCCGUCGCUUUGCGUCACGUUGCUCCACAUUGCUCCUGUCUUCUGCACCUGUACAUAUCAUGUAAAUCUGUCACUUUGGCUGUCACAUUCACGUUCGGUGUUAACGCACCUUAAUACAGCUCCGAUAAAGAAAAAAAAACAGCUCCGAUAAAGAAAAAGAACAAAACAAGCUUGAUUGUAGUUCUUGUCAAUCAAAAAAUUAAAACUUUUUGAUUUUUUUUUUUUUAAAGGUUCAUAGCAAUUUAUACUGAAGAUUGUUGUUUGUGUUCUGUCACAAUAUUGUUAUGUUAGAUUUGUUUGAACAGAACACUCUUGACCUGCUAGAGGAAAACUAAUCUCUGUUUAUUCAAACCUUACUUGCGAAUCUGAAAAUCUGAACUAUCCCUUUAUUCUUUUCUGUACUCUAAAAUAUUUGAACUUUUUAAAAUCAUUCCAUAACUUAUUUCUAAGCCUCGAAUGGACGUGUCUGUUUUUCAAUGUCACUUUAGUGCAAUAUGUUUUUUUUUUUUUGCAGUUUGUAGGUUUAGUUUAUUUGAUUUCUUGGCUGCAUGUACCAAUAAAAGAUGUAUUUACUAUCACAAA